AGUCACAGGAGUGCAGAUAGUGCUCCUGGCUGGCUAGAGGUAACUGCACCACCAUGGACAGUUAAGUGUUGGCAGGGACUUGGGGAGCAAGAAAGAGCUCCUGGCUGGCUGCUGGGCCUGGACACAGAAGAGCCCUGAGGGGGUCUGUUUGAAUUGUGUUCUGUACAGACAGUGACUCUGUCAAGACAGUGGAUGGAGGGCUGAGUCAUGAGAAACUGCCAGAAGAAGUCACUGAAAACUGAGAGAAGUGCAGAUACCUGACCAGAAGGGGUGCUCACAAGAGAUGGGUUCCACACCAUUACAGUGAGCAAGAGAAACUUGUUAUUGCCCAGUGGGAGGCAAGAGGCCUAGCUGGAGAGACUGGCUAGAAUGAGGAUUUUAUCACAGGAGCAGGUAGAAGCUGGGGAGAUAAAAACCAAAACACUCAGGAGACUACUGGAAUCUGCAGACACAGGCAGGGUAAAUUAGCUCUAUAUCACUCAGCCACCACCUAACCAGAGCACAUGAUGAAUAUAAGCAAUGUGACUGAAUUUGUCCUCUUAGGCCUCUCCCAGAAUCAGAAGCUGCAGAAAAUGUGUUUUGUGCUGUUUUUAUGCUUCUAUAUAAGCAUUGUUCUUGGAAACCUCCUCAUUGUUCUCACUGUAGUUAGCAGUCAGCAUCUGAACUCACCCAUGUAUUUCUUCCUGAGUUACCUGUCCUUUGUAGACAUCUGCUACUCAUCUGUCACAGCCCCCAAAAUGAUUGCAGACUUCCUCACUGAGAAAAAAAUAAUCUCCUUCAUUGGCUGCAUAGCACAGCUGUUUGGAGUCCAUUUCUUUGGCUGCACUGAGAUCUUCAUCCUCACAGUGAUGGCCUAUGAUCGCUACAUUGCAAUCUGCAAACCCCUCCACUACACAACCAUCAUGACCAGGCGCGUAUGUGGCCAGAUGGUGGCGGCCUCAUGGGUAGGGGGCUUUGUGCAUUCCAUGGUACAGACUCUUAUAACCACCCAUUUACCCUUCUGUGGGCCCAAUGAGAUUGACCAUUAUUUCUGUGAUGUUCACCCUUUGCUACAACUGGCUUGUACUGACACCUAUGUUGUCGGCAUCAUAGUUGUCGCUAAUAGCGGGAUGAUUGCUUUGGGUUGUUUCCUUCUCUUGGUUAUAUCCUACAUUGUGAUCUUAAUCUCCUUGAGGACACGUUCUUCUGAAGGGCGUCGUAAAGCUCUCUCCACCUGUGGCUCCCAUAUUGCUGUAGUGAUUUUAUUUUUUGGGCCUUGCACGUUCACCUACAUCCGACCUUCUAGCCACUUAUCAGAGGACAAGAUGGUUGCUGUGUUCUACACCAUUAUCACCCCCAUGCUGAAUCCGCUGAUCUACACACUAAGAAAUGAGGAGGUGAAAAGUGCCAUGAGAAAAUUAUGGAGCAGAAAAGUGAUGUCAGAUGGGAAAUCAAAAGAGUGACAUGCAGAAUUAUGUUAUACAAACCAGGAGGAACAGGAUAAUGUUCAUGAGAGAUUUUAAAUAAAUGUCUUGCUUUCAGUUCAUCAGUGAACAUUCCCCUUGUUUUCCCAUGAAUGCAGAAAACAGACAAACCUCUUUCAGCAACUGCAAUGGUUCUAUUUUAAAUGUUCAUAUUGGUAAGAUUAU